AUGAUGAUGGCAAGAAAGCAAGAUGUCCGCAUUCCCACCUACAACAUCAGUGUGGUGGGAUUGUCUGGGACCGAGAAGGAGAAGGGCCAGUGCGGCAUUGGGAAGUCUUGCCUGUGCAACCGCUUCGUGCGCCCGAGUGCUGAUGAGUUUCACUUGGACCAUACCUCUGUCCUCAGCACCAGUGACUUUGGCGGGCGAGUGGUCAAUAAUGACCACUUUCUCUACUGGGGAGAAGUUAGCCGUUCCCUGGAGGAUUGUGUGGAAUGUAAGAUGCACAUUGUGGAGCAGACUGAGUUCAUCGAUGAUCAGACUUUUCAACCUCAUCGAAGCACGGCCCUGCAGCCCUAUAUCAAGAGAGCUGCUGCAACCAAGCUCGCAUCAGCUGAAAAACUCAUGUACUUUUGCACUGACCAGCUGGGGCUGGAGCAGGACUUUGAGCAGAAACAAAUGCCAGAUGGAAAGCUGCUGAUUGAUGGUUUUCUUCUUGGUAUUGACGUUAGCAGGGGCAUGAAUAGGAACUUUGAUGACCAGCUCAAGUUUGUGUCCAAUCUCUACAAUCAGCUUGCAAAAACAAAAAAGCCCAUAGUGGUGGUCCUGACUAAGUGUGAUGAGGGCGUUGAGCGGUACAUUAGAGAUGCACAUACUUUUGCCUUAAGCAAAAAGAACCUCCAGGUUGUGGAGACCUCAGCAAGAUCCAACGUAAACGUGGACUUGGCUUUCAGCACCUUAGUGCAACUCAUUGAUAAAAGUCGGGGAAAGACGAAAAUCAUUCCUUAUUUUGAAGCUCUCAAGCAGCAGAGUCAGCAGAUAGCUACAGCAAAAGACAAGUAUGAGUGGCUGGUGAGUCGCAUUGUCAAAAACCACAACGAGAAUUGGCCGAGUGUCAGCCGAAAGAUGCAGGCCUCUCCUGAGUACCAGGACUAUGUCUACCUGGAAGGUACUCAGAAAGCCAAGAAGCUGUUUCUCCAGCACAUCCACCGCCUCAAGCACGAGCACAUUGAGCGCAGGAGAAAGCUGUACCUCGCAGCCCUGCCGUUAGCCUUUGAAGCUCUUAUACCCAAUUUAGAUGAAAUAGACCACCUAAGCUGCAUAAAAACCAAAAAGCUCUUGGAGACCAAGCCAGAAUUCCUGAAGUGGUUUGUUGUGCUCGAAGAGACACCGUGGGAUGCCACCAGCCACAUUGACAACAUGGAGAAUGAGCGGAUUCCCUUUGACUUGAUGGAUACCGUCCCUGCCGAGCAGCUGUACGAGGCCCACUUAGAGAAGCUGCGGAACGAGAGGAAAAGAGCUGAGAUGAGAAGGGCAUUUAAAGAAAACCUGGAGACCUCUCCCUUCAUAACUCCCGGAAAGCCUUGGGAAGAGGCCCGUAGUUUUAUUAUGAACGAAGAUUUCUACCAGUGGCUGGAAGAAUCCGUAUACAUGGAUAUUUAUGGCAAACACCAAAAGCAAAUUAUAGACAGAGCAAAGGAAGAGUUUCAGGAGCUGCUUUUGGAAUAUUCAGAGUUGUUUUAUGAGCUGGAGCUGGAUGCUAAGCCCAGCAAGGAGAAGAUGGGUGUCAUUCAGGAUGUUCUGGGGGAGGAACAGCGAUUUAAAGCAUUACAGAAGCUCCAAGCAGAGCGUGAUGCCCUUAUCCUGAAGCACAUUCAUUUUGUGUAUCACCCAACCAAGGAAACGUGCCCUAGCUGCCCAGCUUGUGUGGAUGCUAAGAUCGAGCACUUGAUUAGUUCUCGGUUUAUCCGACCAUCUGACCGGAAUCAGAAAAAUUCACUGUCUGACCCCAACAUUGAUAGGAUCAACUUGGUUAUCUUAGGCAAAGAUGGCCUUGCACGUGAGUUGGCCAAUGAGAUUCGAGCUCUCUGUACAAAUGAUGAUAAGUAUGUGAUAGAUGGUAAAAUGUAUGAGCUUUCCCUGAGGCCGAUAGAAGGGAAUGUCAGGCUUCCUGUGAACUCUUUCCAAACGCCAACAUUUCAGCCCCACGGCUGCCUCUGCCUUUACAAUUCAAAGGAAUCUCUAUCCUAUGUGGUGGAGAGUAUAGAGAAGAGUAGAGAGUCCACACUUGGCAGGCGAGAUAACCAUUUAGCCCAUCUUCCCCUGACGUUGAUCUUAGUUAACAAGAGAGGAGACACCAGUGGAGAGACCCUGCAUAGCCUAAUACAACAAGGUCAGCAGAUUGCUAGCAAACUUCAGUGUGUCUUUCUCGACCCUGCUUCUGCUGGCAUCGGUUAUGGACGCAACAUUAAUGAAAAGCAAAUCAGUCAAGUUUUGAAGGGACUCCUGGACUCCAAGCGUAACUUAAACCUGGUCAGUUCUACUGCUAGCAUCAAAGAUCUGGCUGACGUUGACCUGCGAAUUGUCAUGUGUCUGAUGUGUGGAGAUCCUUUCAGUGCAGAUGACAUACUCUAUCCUGUCCUUCAGUCCCAGACCUGUAAGUCUUCCCAUUGUGGAAGCAACAACUCUGUUUUACUUGAACUACCGAUCGGACUCCACAAGAAGCGCAUUGAGCUGUCUAUUCUUUCGUACCAUUCCUCAUUUAGCAUCAGAAAAAGCCGGUUGGUCCAUGGGUACAUUGUUUUUUAUUCAGCCAAACGUAAGGCCUCCUUGGCUAUGUUGCGUGCCUUUCUUUGUGAAGUGCAGGAUAUUAUCCCCAUUCAGUUGGUCGCACUCACUGACGGCGCUGUAGAUGUCCUGGACAAUGACUUAAGUCGGGAACAGCUGACCGAAGGGGAGGAGAUUGCUCAAGAGAUUGACGGGAGGUUCACAAGCAUCCCUUGUAGCCAACCCCAGCACAAACUUGAGAUCUUCCACCCAUUUUUUAAGGAUGUGGUGGAUAAAAAGAACAUAAUCGAGGCUACUCAUAUGUACGAUAACGCUGCCGAGGCCUGUAGCACCACGGAAGAGGUGUUUAACUCCCCCCGAGCGGGCUCUCCACUCUGCAACUCCAACCUGCAGGAUUCAGAAGAGGAUAUCGAGCCCCCUUCUUAUAGCUUGUUUCGAGAAGACACGUCACUGCCCUCUCUGUCCAAAGACCAUUCUAAGCUCUCUAUGGAACUGGAGGGAAAUGAUGGGCUGUCGUUCAUCAUGAGCAAUUUUGAGAGUAAACUGAACAACAAAGUACCUCCACCAGUCAAACCAAAGCCUCCUGUCCAUUUUGAAAUCACAAAGGGGGAUCUGUCUUAUUUAGACCAAGGCCAUAGAGAUGGGCAGAGGAAGUCUGUGUCUUCUAGCACCUGGCUACCUCCGGAUGGGUUUGAUCCUUCUGAUUAUGCUGAACCCAUGGAUGCUGUGGUCAAGCCAAGGAACGAAGAAGAAAACAUAUAUUCAGUGCCCCAUGACAGCACCCAAGGCAAAAUCAUCACCAUUCGGAAUAUCAACAAAGCCCAGUCCAACGGCAGUGGCAACGGUUCCGACAGUGAAAUGGACACCAGCUCUCUAGAGCGAGGCCGCAAGGUGUCCAUCGUGAGCAAGCCCGUGCUGUACAGGACGAGAUGCAGCCGGCUAGGAAGGUUUGCUAGUUAUCGAACCAGCUUCAGUGUGGGGAGCGAUGAUGAGCUAGGGCCCAUUCGGAAAAAAGAGGAGGAUCAGGCGUCUCAAGGUUAUAAAGGGGACAAUGCCGUCAUUCCAUAUGAAACAGACGAAGACCCAAGGAGGAGGAAUAUUCUUCGCAGUCUACGGAGGAACACUAAGAAACCAAAGCCCAAACCCCGGCCGUCCAUCACAAAGGCAACCUGGGAGAGUAACUAUUUUGGGGUGCCCUUGACAACUGUCGUGACUCCAGAGAAGCCCAUCCCUGUGUUUAUUGAGAGAUGUAUUGAGUACAUUGAAGCCACAGGACUGAGCACAGAAGGGAUCUACCGGGUCAGUGGGAAUAAGUCGGAGAUGGAGAGUCUGCAGAGACAGUUUGAUCAAGACCACAACCUGGAUUUGGCAGAGAAAGACUUUACAGUGAAUACCGUGGCUGGUGCCAUGAAGAGCUUUUUCUCAGAGCUGCCAGACCCCCUGGUCCCGUACAACAUGCAGAUUGAUCUGGUGGAGGCACACAGUGAGUAUACUGAGGGCCCCUCACCACCCGAGUCGUCCUUCAAAGAGGAUCUGAAGCCGGAGAGCGCUGCGGCCUGGCAGAAGGCAGGGGACCCGCAGCAGAUGUGGGGGACCGGGAGACGGAGCCUGUGCCCGGCCGCCCUCCCCCCACCGGUCUUACGUCCUUGGCGCUGCCUCUUGGUGUCGCCCCAGCCAGCGUGUAGGGAAGACCAAGGGAGCCAGCAUCCCUGUGGCACCAUGGAUGGGAAGGAGAAGACCGGCACCUGUCACUCCAGCCCCGCUUCCCGCCUCUAG